UUUAGUCGUUGAAUGCGCUUCGAGGACGGACGUUUGUUCUAAAUUUAGUCGCGCCCCAUCGGCGAGGCUGUGUGAGACUAAACAUACGCGUAGUUAAUGUCGCGACAAAAACAUUUUAUUUGCUCACUCCAUUAAAAUUUAAUUAAUUUUCGCACCAUGAAUCAUUUGCGAGUGCACAAAUUCAAAUUAGGCGGCAAGGACAAAAUGGCUUUAGCCGAUAUUCCUCAGGCUCCAACGGAGAGCAAUGAUAGCCCCAACAAUAAGAACAAUCACAAAGGAUCAUUCCUGAAUCGCAUUAAGCGAUACUCCGUGCUGGGUAAUAAGCUAAGCCGGCGCCAUUUGGGGAGCAUGACCUUGCCAGGCGGAGUCGGAAGUGAUGAUACGGGAAAAACUAGUGCUGGCUCCGGUUCGCCCACAAAACUGGCCUCAGGCAGCUAUAACAUGACUGGUAGCAGUUCAGAAGAUCAUCGUCUGGAGAUUGGUGCCCCCAUAUUGAUAUCGACUACCACCAUAAAUACAGAUCGUUUCGAUGUCACGGAAGCGAGACUAAAACAAAUUGGCGGGGGCAUAGCUCAGACAUCGACCUUAGCGCGUACCCUGACGCCUAGGAGUUCGGAUGAAGAGGAGUUUGUUGAUGCUCGCAGUACACCCCAGAAAUUCGACAGAGAUGUGGACGAUGAAACUGAAGCAUUCGAGACACCCAAACAUCAGGAAUGUGAACUCAAGGACAACGCAGAAGAUAUGCUGGUAACAGUGCCAAUCGAACCACCCAAGCGACAGCCACAUAUCAGGCGUCAACAGCAGCAAUCGCUAUCGGUUCAAAAUCUUCAUCGUUCUGAGCUAAAGGUGUAUCUACAGAAAUCUUCUUCCAUGAGCUUGGAUAUGAAUGCCACGGCACCAGCUCAAUGGGGCAUACUAAAUCUACCCGAAUUACCGGAGCUAUAUGGCAACAGUGAGCUCAGCUUGGCAGCUAGUGAGAAUAAGGAGAAUGUUCUCGAUUCGGAAAACGAGCCACCACUUCCACCGCUACCGUCCGGCGCAAUAUCACCCGUUUCGCCCCCCACUCCACCGGCCAGCAGUGGUAGUUGCACACCUGUCGUACAAGGCGGAGGUUUCCUUGCCCAGCAAGCCCAUUUCAAAAGUAUUGACGCCCUCUACCUCACAAAUCCCGCCCACGGUUCCAACCAGAGUUCCAAGCAAAGUCUAAUGGGCUCGCAAUGCAGUUUGAGUCAUGACGAUAAAGAGGAGGAAGAAUUUGAUUAUGAUCUCAAAUCUGUGAGUUAUCAGAGUCUUAAUGCCCAAAAUCUAUUCGUUUCAAUUGAUGAACUCCAAGAGAUCACCAGACAGAUUAAUGAAACUGAAGAUUUCAGUCGCGAAAUCGAUCUGGAGUACUGUACUCAUCGCGACCAGCUACGUCCGAGCGAACGUCGAAUUACGCUACUCAAGAAUAAGAAUCAAGCCUUGAUCAACUUCAGUCAUAAUAAGGAAAAGUUACGCAAAGGUUGGCACGGCAUGAAAAACUGGCUAGGCGAGGAGAGUACGCGAUUAAAGGAAGUGGUGCGACACCAGACACCGCUGAAACGCUUAGCGCAGUCGCGCAGCAAUCUUAAUCAAUCAGUAUCGGAGUGUAGAAGCCGCCAAGAAAGCAUGUCACCGGAACGAAGUCGGAGUCGCAGUCGAAAUCGUCGUAACAUGAGCGAAAGUUGUGAAGACAUGACUGAACGAACGGAACUUGAGUCUUCUUUAUCACAGAGAGCCAGUGAGGAGGACGUCUCUCCACAUGCCAAAAGGUUCAAGGAUGAGGGACAAAACGGCUUUGAGGAACUGAGACGAUAUGUUAAACAAGGCGGAGAUUUUAGCAAAGAGUUAAUCUUUGUCCUGCAAGAGCGGGCCGAUUCCGAGUUAAUAUAUUCAAAGUCCCUCUCAAAAUUGGCCAAUAAACUGAAUAAAGCUGGAAGGGAGAUACCUGGCAGUGUGGCCGAUGCUUGGCGUGGUGUGGCUACAGAAAUGGAAAGUCGUAGCGAUAUGCAUCGCCAAUUGGCAGCCUCACUAACGGAUGAAAUAGUCAAACCACUCAAAUGUGUGGUGGAAAAUCAUCAUAAGGCGCGCAAGGCGGUUGAAAGCAAUGUAGAUAAAGCGGCCCGAGUUCUCUCAGAAUGGCGUGUAAGUGAAGCGAAGGCUAAAAAGGCAUCCCAUACGGCCGCUCGGGAGAAUGAGAAACUUCAAGAUGCCAUGCUGGAUGUACGCAUACAGAAAUCUCCAUCCAUUGCUCUGCUCCAUCAAGGUCCGAACAAACAGGCUGCUGAAAAGGAACUGAAAUCGGCGGAAAAGGACUGCGUUAAAUUGGAUAAUAAACGUAAGAAAGCCGAGGAGGCCGUAAAGCGGGCGGAUGUUGAGUAUUACACGCUUUGUGUGCGUGCGGAACGUGCUCGAGUCGAUUGGGAAAUGGCCGUUCUCCGCGGGAGCUCGCAACUCCAGACCAACGAACAACAACGUCUCGGCAAUAUGCACAACUUUGCACAGCAGUACGCCCGGCUCAUCUCUGAUAUGAAUCCAAUUUUGGGCACACUGAGCAGUCGUCUACAGCCACAGCUGGAUGCCUGCAAUGUGACAAAGGAUAUGCAAGUGGUGCGCAAUAUACGCCGCAAUUCGGAAGGUCCUAGCGAGCAAUUGCUCCCCGACUUCUACUGUGAGCACACCACAUUGGCCAUGAACCGUGAGAGACGUAAACAUGCCCUGAUUAAGCUACUGCAGUUGGUGAAAACGGAUCUGGAGAGGGAGCGACGCUCGCGUGACGGCCUAAGGGGCUUAUCUCAGUCACUGAAUAACCAGGAACAUCAAAACAUUACCGAUAAGCUGUACCAUAUACGAUCUAUGCUUACGUAUUUGGAAGGAGCUCGCCUUAAGCUGCACUCGGCCUUGCUGGAGCUAGAUCAUAAACCCCGUACCACACAUCCUCUAGCUCAGCAUAUACAGAUCACUCGCGAUCGCACUGGUCUGCAGCAAAGUAUUCUCAAAGUACCCACGUGGCUGAAGAACAAUGAUAACCAUAGGCCGACCAAUCCACAGGAUUUAAGUGAUGCCACAAACACUGCCGAUGACGAUGAUAUUGUCGAUGAGAAUUGCUCGCAAGUGCAAUUGCAGACAACGAACAGCUCCUGUGCGGACAUUAGUUUGAUGUCACCACUACUAAAGCACUUUAAUCGCAGCAAAAGCAACAUCGAGACAUUCACCAGUCAACCAAAGAUAAUCUCAACGACAAAUCCUUCACUGGCUGCAGCCAAAUCGAAAACGAUACCAGGAGCAACAACUGCAACAGUAUCGGAACAUGACCGCGGCCAAGCCGAUGGUGGUUCCAAUCAGCAGGACUCCGAUUUUGAUGAGUUCAGUUCGCAGGACGAAGACGAUGACGAUGCUGACACUGAACCAGUUAAAAAGUUACCGGGCCAAACGCCAAAUUCGCCGACGCAGCACUUCUAUCAGAAUGCUCAAGAGUUGCAAAAGAACGGCAAGGACAAUCAAGUGCUGGGCAAAUGUAAGGCCCUCUAUAGCUAUACACCAAAACUUUACGAUGAGCUAGAACUGAGUCCUGGCGAUAUCAUAGAAAUUCAUGCCAAGCAGGACGAUGGCUGGUGGCUGGGAGCACUAAGGAAUCACAUUGGCAUCUUUCCGGCCACAUAUGUGGAGGAGUGCUCGUAGUACUUAGAAUCACAUAUAAGAUAUUGUACACACCAUUUUCAAAAUAAAAAAAUAUAUAUAUAUUAAUACAUAGAUCUACAUACAUACAUACGUGUGACUGUAUCUGCCGAAUGUUUGUAUGUGUCACUGUUCUUUUUCGAAAAAUUUCUCGAUUAGUUAAAGCAUUCAGAAAAAACCAAAACUCCAUCUAUAGAAAUGAAUAUCUAUCUAUAAAAUAUUGAAGAAUCAAGACUCGUGUUUUAUGAGCCCCCUGACCUAGUGUAAUUAUUAUUGGAGAAAGCUCUGCAAUAAAAUUAAUGCUUAUAUGUAUGUUGAUCCUUA